UUUUUCCAACACAACUUCGCAGCUGCAACAUAUUGAAAGGAGCGCAAGAAAGCCCGAGUACACACUGGGACGGCUGAAUGGAACUUCUGCUUUUCCUCUUGACUUUAACCUCUGGACACAAGCCCCAAUACGCUUUCCUCCCUUCGUCUUGGUACGGUCCUUGGAGUACGGAGCCUGCAGAGGGUCCCACGCUGGAAGCGAGAGAGGAGGAGUCGGAAGAGACAUUAGAGGUCAUCCAAAGCAGCCGUCCCCUCUGCAGCCUCUCUGACAAGUGGAAAAGAAGAGAUUCUUUCGGGAUGUUUGACGGUUAUGAUAGCUGCAGUGAGGACACAAGCAGCAGCUCCAGCUCCGAAGAGAGUGAGGAAGAAGUCGCUCCUUUACCUUCUAAUCUCCCGAUUAUCAAAAACAAUGGGCAAGUCUACACAUACCCAGAUGGUAAAUCUGGCAUGGCUACCUGCGAGAUGUGUGGGAUGGUUGGCGUCCGAGAUGCUUUUUACUCUAAAACAAAGCGUUUCUGUAGUGUUUCAUGUUCAAGAAGUUACUCGUCAAACUCCAAGAAGGCAAGCAUUUUGGCCAGACUUCAGGGUAAGCCUCCAACAAAGAAAGCAAAAGUUCUUCAGAAACAACCUUUAGUUGCUAAGCUAGCCGCAUAUGCUCAAUAUCAAGCUACCUUGCAAAAUCAAGCAAAGACAAAAGCAGCAGUCUCCAUGGAAGGUUUCAGCUGGGGUAACUACAUCAAUAGCAAUAGCUUUAUAGCAGCUCCGGUUGCCUGUUUUAAACAUGCACCUAUGGGGACCUGCUGGGGUGAUAUCUCAGAAAAUGUGAGAGUAGAAGUUCCCAAUACAGACUGCAGCCUACCUACCAAAGUCUUCUGGAUUGCUGGAAUAGUAAAAUUAGCAGGUUACAAUGCCCUUUUAAGAUACGAAGGAUUUGAAAAUGACUCUGGUCUGGACUUCUGGUGCAAUAUAUGUGGUUCUGAUAUCCAUCCAGUUGGUUGGUGUGCAGCCAGCGGAAAACCUCUUGUUCCUCCUAGAACUAUUCAGCAUAAAUAUACAAACUGGAAAGCUUUUCUAGUGAAACGACUUACUGGUGCGAAAACACUGCCUCCUGAUUUCUCACAAAAGGUUUCAGAGAGUAUGCAGUAUCCUUUCAAACCUUGCAUGAGAGUAGAAGUGGUUGACAAGAGGCAUUUGUGUCGAACACGAGUAGCAGUGGUGGAAAGUGUAAUUGGAGGAAGAUUAAGACUAGUGUAUGAAGAAAGCGAAGAUAGAACAGAUGACUUCUGGUGCCAUAUGCACAGCCCAUUAAUACAUCAUAUUGGUUGGUCUCGAAGCAUAGGUCAUCGAUUCAAAAGAUCUGAUAUUACAAAGAAACAGGAUGGACAUUUUGAUACACCACCACAUUUAUUUGCUAAGGUAAAAGAAGUAGACCAGAGUGGGGAAUGGUUCAAGGAAGGAAUGAAAUUGGAAGCUAUAGACCCAUUAAAUCUUUCUACAAUAUGUGUCGCAACCAUUAGAAAGGUUACACAAAACUUCCUUUUAAAUGGUUUGACUACCUCAGGGAAACUGGCUCCAUUGCAGCACCAGUAAAACUAUUUAAUAAGGUAAAUUUAAAUGGCAGCAUAAUUAUGUGAGGGCUUAUUAAUGCCCCACAAAUACAAUUUAUGUU